AGGUCGCUAAUGAGCUGUUGUUGAUUAAUGAGAACGCUUGAUGAGUGUGAGUCACAUCUGCAACGAGGAAACGAAUACAUGGCUUCAGUUCGGGAUAAGGUUGCUGCAUUAAAUAUAGUGGGGAAAUUAUACAGUCCCCUUAACACGCCUCUUGAUCACAGAUUGAUCAGCAGACCUCAAGAUGUACAAACCAACAAGGUUGAAAAGAAAGAAAUCUGGAGCCACAUUAUCACUGCUCUACAAGCCCAAGUGAAGGUCAAGAAACGCAGACAGCAUCUAAGAUCUCACGAUAACUGUUUUCUGGGCUCGGAUGCAGUGGAUGUCAUUCAGGAUUAUCUGACCCAGAAUAAGGUUCUUGGAGAUGCCCAGGUUUCCAGAGCCAUGGUUGCACGGUUGUGCCAGGUGCUGUUGGACUGUAAGGUGUUUGAGGUGGUGGGAACCAAAGUUUUGGGGAAGACCAGUAAACCAGGAGGCUUCCAGGACAGCAGCAGCAGUCUCUACAGAUUCCUAAAGAUGGAGGAUCCGUGCCUGGACGUGCUAGAAAUGGAGCUUUUCCCUCCCACUGAAGAGAGUUCGAUGAACGUCACACCAUGCAGGCAGGACAUCCUGUUAUUCUCCCAUAGUACACCUGUGAAACCAGACCACGUGUUGGAUCGUCUCAUGGAGAAGCUGGACUUGACUGGACUUGUCGGUUCUCCUCCCACUGAAUGUCUUCCUCCAUCUGUGGUCCGAGAGGUGUGGCACGAGCAGACCGUGCGGAAGCUGUCUCAGCUGAUAGAUCUCCCCCUGCUGGAGGGAGUGCUGAACUGUGCGAAGAUUGUUUCUCCGCCGUCUCGUGGCAGUAAUAAUGAGCCUGACCUUCUCUACACCAGCAACUACCUCGACCGUGAGGUUCUCAAGGCCUUCAAAGAAUCACAAGCUGAUGUUUGGCUGUGGGCAGCCAUAGACCUGCUGGAUUUCCUUCCGGAUCAGCUUGUGGUGGAGGUGAGCAGAGAGCUGCCCACAUUCUCCUGUGAGGAAGAGGAUGGCCAGGGGAUGGAUGAAUGUAAACUACUGCUGUUCCAUGUGCUGGACAAACACUACGGACACAUGGAGCACAAGCCUCUCCUCUGUGAUAGCAUGGCAGAUGUCUACACUGAGAUCAUGAAUCUCCUGACUAACGGGAAGUUUGAACAAGCGUUGGAAGUCCUGCAGCUGACGCUGAAGCUGCUGUCUGCGUCUGCACGCGAGGAACUGCGCAGGCUGCUGGAGUUUAUGGCCACAGCUGCAGAUGCUGCAAACGUCCGGCUGCACAAAGAAAUUGAAAAUCGAAUGGUUGUGAAGAAGACCUUCACCAGAGCCGUCAUCCAGAGCAAGAGUCUGACCAAAGAAAAGACAGACCUGCUGAUGCUCUUCAUGCUCGACAAUCACCAGGAGAUCUUCAAGAUUCCAGGUUCCCUUCACAAACUUGUCAGUGAGAAACUGGAUGACAUUGUGAAAAAGAGAGAUCCUUCCAAAACUGAUCCCCUGUUUUGUCAGCGAGUGCCAAGAGACCUGUACACCGAGACCAUAAAGGACUCCACUAAAAACGAGCUGUACUCUCUCUUGAAAAACAUUGACGAAAACACCAGAUAUUCCCUGAAAGAGAAGAAACGGCUGCUGGCACAGUUUUAUAAGGGCCAUCCAGACAUCUUCAUGCAGUAUUUUGGGUCUAGACUAAGCACAUUAAACCUACUUGAAGAUUAAGUUAACUUUGUCAUGUUAAUGUGUUUUUUUUUUUUUGUAUACAAAUAAAUAAAAUGUUUUAAGUGUCAAAAAAAGAAUAAA